UCGUUUUCCUAACUUUUUUUUUUUUUUUUUUUACAGGCAGAGAGUAUGUUAUUCCAUCCUUGGCCCAUAGAUUUAUGGCAGAGAUGGUGGAUUUCUUCAUUCUCUUCUUUAUAAAAGCAACUAUUGUCUUAAGCAUUAUGCACCUCAGUGGAAUAAAGGAUAUCUCUAAGUUUGCUAUGCAUUAUAUAAUAGAAGAAAUAGAUGAAGACACAUCAAUGGAAGACUUGCAGAAAAUGAUGGUUGUGGCUCUUAUAUACAGAUUACUAGUUUGUUUCUAUGAGAUAAUUUGCAUUUGGGGAGCAGGCGGAGCCACCCCAGGGAAGUUCCUGCUGGGGCUUCGAGUUGUGACAUGUGACACGUCAGUGCUUAUUGCACCAAGUCGGGUUUUAGUGAUUCCUUCCUCAAAUGUUAGCAUUACAACGUCCACUAUACGAGCAUUGAUCAAGAAUUUUUCUAUUGCUUCUUUUUUCCCUGCUUUCAUCACACUGCUGUUUUUUCAGCAUAAUCGAACAGCCUAUGACAUUGUAGCAGGAACCAUUGUGGUAAAAAGAAAUGGGGUCAGAUGAUGCCCCCAAAAGCCCUGAAUUCCAUACUUUCUGGAAUGAUGACAAGACUAAAUUAUGUAUCAAGGCCAUCAGUAUCCCUGGGUUACGUUAAUUGAUGAUUUAGAAAUUAAAGCAGUCACUCCAGUGUGAUACAGGUGACUAUUCUGAAAGUAUUGAUUUUACUUGAAUGCCAAAGAACUUUUCCAGAAGAAAAACCUGUUUGAAUUCAAGUGUUAAAAUUUUAGAUCAAAAAG